AUGGAAAGAUCUUAUAAUGGGGCAGCUUUAGUUGCUUCUCCAGCUGGAGGUAUGGACAUUGAAACAGUUGCCGAAAAAUCCCCUCAUUUGUUGAAAACAGUUCCUAUCGAUAUUUAUGAAGGAGUCACUGAUAAAAUGGCUACAGAAAUUGCAGAAUUUUUAGACUUCAAAGGAGCAAUGGCAAAGAAGUGCGCAGAAGAGAUAAAAAAACUAUGGGACAUGUUUACAAAGGUUGAUGCUACACAACUUGAGAUAAAUCCUCUAGUUGAAACAGAUGAUGGUCGUGUUGUUGCAGUUGAUGCAAAAAUUAAUUUUGAUGACAAUGCUCAAUUUAGACAACAAGAGAUAUUUGCCCUUGGUGAUGAUUCAGGUGUAGAUCCAAGAGAAAGGGAGGCAGCAUCACUAAACUUAACUUACAUUGAUAUGGAUGGUAGCAUUGGAUGUAUGGUCAAUGGGGCAGGACUAGCGAUGGCUACUAUGGAUCUUAUUACAUUGAGUGGAGGCAGACCAGCAAACUUUUUAGAUCUUGGUGGCGGGGUAGGACAGGCUCAAGUGUCAGCUGCAUUACGAAUUUUGGAAUCAGAUCCUAAAGUGAAGGCAAUAUUUGUUAAUGUAUUUGCUGGCAUUGUAAACUGUGCAACAAUUGCUAAUGGAAUUGUGGCUGCAUGUAAAGAGAACCCACCAAAGUAUCCUCUUGUCAUAAGAUUGGAAGGUACUAAUUCUUCUAUGGCGAAAAAAAUCCUUGAAGGAUCUGGUUAUCCAUUUAAAAUAAUAAAUGAUGCUGAUAAGGCUGCCAAAACUGUAGUUGAAUUAGCACAA